CUCUUUUAUGUUUUGAGGAGGUCAAGACAAAGGUGAAGACAAUAAGUAGGGUAAGAUGGGGUAAGACGCCCCACUUAAGAACAAUGUUCAUUUACUUUUAAAUUGUAUAGAUAAACAACUUUUAGUAUGUACAGGAUGAUGAUGUAUCAACCAACAUAUUAUCAAGGGAAACAAAUAGAAACAUUUGCUCAUUUUGUUGUCAUAGCACAAAAUUAAAAAUACCCCCCAGGGUAAACAUGUCCCAGGUGUCAUCCAAUUUUUACAGAAUGUAUAAAAUAUAUCAGAUACCAUUCUUAGUAUUUUUGAAAUUUAAAGUAAAUAUAUACAAUCAAAUAUUUUAUGUAACUCUUUAUUUUCACAAUUUAGUUGAAUAAUUGAAGAACUAAACAAUGACAGGCAAAUCACAUAACAGAAUCCCAUUCAAAGAGAUUGACCUGAAAGGAAAACUUAUUCUGUGAAUUAUAUACUGUGCAGGACUAUGAAUAUAUACAUACAAAGUCACCCAUAUUUUUAAUUGAAGGCAUGUCAUAAUAGCAAUACUAUGAUUAUAGAUUGAAUUCCAGAGAUGUUUGAAAUGUACAUCUAAUGCAUGGAAGCCCAUAAAUUAAUAAUUAUUGACACCAGAAACAACCUUCUGCCCCAAUCUUACUCCAAAUAUUUACUCCAAAAAUCUAAAUACUUUACUGUGCCCACAGAUCCCCCAUUAAAGACAUAAAAACUUUUAAUAUCCAACAUAGAAUGUCACAGAUCACUAUUUUCCAAUGACAGAAAGUUAGAUCAUUUAACCUCAAAACUGUCUGGAUGGAAUAAAUCUCCCAAAUGUUGAUAUUCAGAUGAAAUAUCAAGAUUAAGAGGUGCUGAGAUGAGAUUUAGUGCCAUCUAUGGACAAGAGACUAAAUUAAGUCACUUUAGUACUUUGAGGCCUAAUCUUAUACAAUCCUUCCUGCGCCAGUUCAUGCAAAAAAAAUUAAUAAUCAAAUUGUGUUAAAUAAAUAAAUAAAGCAUGCAUGCGCUUCUGCACCUUUUGGAAGGUUAUGGUGAAGCUAUACUGUUUCACAGCACUUUUUCAUUAUUGAUGCGCUGUUGGUGCUUGUUUGUGGCGUUUCGGCAGUAACAGAAUCUGAAGGAUGGCACGAGACACCGGCACACAGCGGGAUACCGGCUGAACGGGAUCCUGCCUUGUGGCAACGCCUUUCUAACGGGAUAGCAACCUUCCCACCUGUUUCUGAUUCGACUGCCUUCAUAUUUCGCAACAUGUAUUGUUAUGAAAGUUCAACACAACGUGCAACAGUUUUCUUCCGAUGCACUUUUCUAUUAUCAGUGAUGCACGCAUGCAAAACUUCUAUUUUUGUAUAGGCUACUUCAUGCACUUUUUUGUUUCUCUUUUUUAGCCGGCUGUGCAUGUACAGUCUGGCUGUCUGGGUGUUCAGUAAUCCGCGUCGUCCAUGAUUUUCCCAGAGUCCUGCUAAUGCCCCAAAGCUGCAGCUGCCACUCCGACCGGCCGCGGAGCGCAACACACUGCCAGUUGCUACAUUGAUCAAUAAUUUACCAGCUCAACGCCUCCCCGACCCGCUACCCCGCAGCAGCCUCGGGUCGACUGAGGCGACAACAGACAGCCUAUUUACUCACAGGGUAAAAUCGCGGAGGGGACACUUUACUCUGCCGUGUUUUUAAAUGCGGCGUCAUUAAGCUUCAGCCAACUUGGUGGGUCCCUUCGGUGCGUCUACGGAUUAGACUGUUGCAAUGUGCGCUACUCGUGUUGGUGACUGACUGCGACGGCAUUUGAGGACGCCUCUCGCUUUCAUCUGAGACGGAGGAGGUGUGUUGCGACUUGCGAGACCGACAGGGGUCCCGUUAUGGUGCAUCGAGUCGGACAGUCGCAGGAUCGAAAGAGGGAGAUGCAGUCUUCGCCCAAGACGAUCAGGAAUAGACAUUAGGACAUAAAAAUUCACUCACGGUCACACGUCGUGCAAGCAGCUCUGCGUACACCGACCGCAGCAGAGAAUUUUACGCCCGUCAAUUCCCCGAUCGGCGCUGCUAUCGCGAGGCUCCGUCGGCGAGAGGCCGAUGACAGCGGUAGAAAUAUUAUUUUAAACAGUUUAUUACACGAGCAGCAGCCCGGUGGACAAUCCUUCAGUCGUCCCGUUAAGUGGCGGAGAACGAGUUACUUUUACAGACAAAACAAACUUGUUGAGUUUUUGUUUCGCUUCCGGUAUCACCGAAGAAACCGAGUGGUGCACCCGCUCCCUCUCCUUUUUUUUUUUUUUUUUUUUUUUUUUUUUUGGACGCUGAAGGUUUUAAAGAAAAAUGGGUCUUUGAGAAGAGCUGGCAAAUCCCCCUGAACUACAAUGGCCACAGAGUCGUAUCUGCUGCAUGAAGGUCCCCACCGAGCCCCAGGCAUCUCAGAGUGUUUCCUAGUGCCUGAAUCCUACAGGGAUGAAUUCCAUCCCUUCAUCGAGGCUCUACUCCCGCACGUGCGGGCGUUCUCCUACACCUGGUUCAACCUGCAGGCCCGCAAGCGCAAGUACUUCAAAAAGCACGAGAAGCGCAUGUCCAAGGAUGAGGAGCGCGCCGUCAAAGACGAACUCCUGGGCGAGAAGCCCGAGAUCAAACAGAAGUGGGCGUCACGGCUGCUGGCCAAACUACGCAAGGACAUCCGUCCGGAGUUCCGCGAAGACUUCGUGCUCACCAUCACGGGAAAGAAGCCACCGUGCUGUGUGCUGUCCAACCCUGACCAGAAGGGCAAGAUCCGUCGCAUCGACUGCCUGCGGCAGGCGGACAAGGUCUGGCGCCUGGACCUGGUGAUGGUGAUUCUAUUCAAGGGAAGUCCUCUGGAGAGCACGGACGGAGAGAGACUGGUCAAGUCACCGCAGUGCUCGAACCACACCCUGUGCGUGCAGCCACACCACAUCGGAGUGUCCGUCAAAGAGCUGGACCUGUACCUGGCCUACUUCAUCCAUACGCCAGAAUCUGGACAAUCAGACAAUUCCAGUCAACAAGGAGACUCAGACAUCAAACCGCCUCCAAACGGACAUCUGAGUUUUCAGGACUGCUUUGUGACUUCAGGGGUCUGGAACGUAGGCGAGCUAGUACGAGUGUCGCAGACACCGGUUGCAACAGCAUCAGGUCCUAAUUUCUCACUCGCAGAUCUUGAAAGUCCUGGUUACUACAACAUCAACCAAGUAGCACUCGGCAGACGUUCACUUGCUUCUCCUCCAUCCGCAAGGUCUGAGGUGGAGCUUUAUGGCAGUCUUCCACGGAGCUCUAAUAAGCGUAAGUCUAUAGAUGACAGUGAAAUGGAGAGUCCAGUCGAUGACGUCUUCUACUCCAGUCGUUCGCCAGCUGGCACCAGCUCCCAGAACAGUGGCUGGCCUAAUGAUGUUGAUGCAGUUGCAGUGCAGCACCAUUUGUCAAGUGUUCAAGAAAGGAAGAUAAAACAUGAGAAUGAUGGGGUGCAGUUUCCAUACCAUGGGCUGUCCUCUCCUGGGUCUCUAAAGAAGCCAGCGGGAAAAUUCGAUUUCAGCACCCUGUCAGCACAGACGAGGUCCCCCCGAAUGGCCUUCACACACCACCCGCUGCCCAUGCUGGCAGGCGUGAGACCAGGAAGUCCUCGGGCCUCAGCCUCUGCCCUUCAUUUUCCUGCCCCCUCCAUCAUCCAGCAGUCCAGUCCAUAUUUCACCCACCCCACCAUCCGCUACCACCACCAUCAGGACCCGCUCAAAGAGUUCGUCCAGUUCGUCUGUGCUGACGGCUCUGGGCAGCCGGGGGCACAGCCUAACGGGAGCGGUCAGAACAAACUGCCCGGCUCCUUCUUACUGCCACCUCCUCCUCCAGUGGCACGGCCGGUGCCGAUGCCCCUCCCCCUGUCUGAGCACAAACCCAGCCACACACACCCCGAGAGUGGAGUCGGCUCCCCGGCCUCUCCCUCAGCAUACCCAGCGUCAGGCUCCUCAGCUUCCAACAGGUUUGUCGGCAUCGGAACACGGGACAGCAACUUUCUGAACAUCCCACAGCAGACUCAGUCAUGGUUCCUUUGAGACUUUUCAUGAAACAAACUGAUCUGCAAUGAACAAAUCUGCAAUGAAAACUGGAAAUGGAGUCACAAAGCUAAGUAUGGAACUUUCUCACAUGCCCCUCUAAAGUCUCACACACACAGACACAGCAAAUACACACACACAAUUCCUGAAAACUUUGGCGCCCUAUUCCGGAACGAGGAAUCUGUAAGACUUCAGCAUUACCCCUCGGAGAACACACUACACUGACGACAGAUGACCGGAUGGAAAAACCAUUCAGAAGGAAUGACAAACCAUCUUUCAAUGUCUUCAUUAUGUUCCUGAGGCAACCAGUACAUUGACCAAUCCCCUUAUCCUUCCUUUGAUUUGCUCAUACACCCACCAAUCAUAUGCCAUUUUGAGUAAAAUCCAUUUCUUACCUUUUCUUUGGGUUCUACUCUGGACAUGAAAUCUGAAAUGAAAAUGUAUCUUGGAUGAUGUAUAUUAUGGACUCCACAUUGAUUGGCUCCAUCUGAAUACGCCCAGGAACACACGUGUGAUUGGCUAGAGAGACUCAACUGAACUCUUCUGAUUGGCUAAUUCACUCACUGUUUACUUGUUGACAAGCAAUAGACUGUGAGCAAAACAGUCAAACAACACGUAACACUAACUGUGUGCAAUUCAUCUAAACAUAUGCACUAUUGAAAUGAUCAAUGAGAAGGGAUGACAGAUAGUUUGGCCUCAGAUUUGCAAUGUGUAGUCAGACUACAUGUUUCUAAGGUAAAAAGUCGCACAUGCACGCACACACACACACAUGAAAACUUACACAGAUCAUGUCUCGUCAUAGCUUGAGAAGAGCAAUAGAACCUGCAAAUACACCCUUCAAUGACAGCACAACACUGAGACAUUGGUACAGACGCAGUCAUAACAUAUAAUUUAGAGAACCUGGCUUUUGGUUUAUGACAGUUAUGGGAAGAAGGGUCAAGCACGAUUGACUGUUGUUUUGGGGUUAAACAUUAAUGAUAUGUAAUAUAUAUUAGAAUUCUUUCGUUACGUAGUGUUGAUUAAUUAAAAGGCCAGUGGUUUGAGUUAUGCAAUCUUAUUGAAUGAAUUAAUGUGGGUUUUAGCAUUUUAGUGUACAACUAUUGUUCAAUCUGAGUGCUUGUGCGUCCACAAAUACAGUAUACUACAGUAGGCCCUGAACACAAGGGCUCAUUUUACAUUUCUUAGCUUUGGGUUUGGUUUUGCAGUACAGUACAUUUGCAGGGGAUAAUCUCACUAAACCAGUCAAGAAUAUGCCUGGGUCAUAUUUCACCCUUAAAACAAAAGAAAAAAAUAAGAAAUUAGGAUUUUAUUUUUUUAUUUGAUUCUGACAUUUUUUUUCCCAUGACAAUUAAGAACAUUUCUUCCCCCAAUUCUCAUUACUGUAAUGCACAGCAGUCUCAUUCUCAUUGCUUUAAUGCUAAAACAAACAAAAGAGAAAUUGUAAACGAUACAUCAUGGUAGUAUUUGUUGUACUGCCUGUAAUUUAUGCUUUAAAAUACAGAUGUAUUUUUACUGUAAUGCAGUAAAUAUUACUUCAUUACAGUAAUGAAAAAUAACCAUUGUGAACCAUUGUUUACUCAAUAGUAAAAUGUUGAGACACAUUAAGGUAAUGGCAAUUCAUGCUGAUUUCAAAAAUACGAUAAUACAGUAAUUUUUACUGUAUUACAGUAAAAACUCAUUGCAUUACAGUAACGAGAAUUAUCAUUUGAGAAUUAAAACUCAAUAGUAAAAUGUUGAGACAAAUUAAGGUAAUGGGAAUUCAUGCUGAUUUCAAAUAUACGGUAAUACAGUAAUUUUUACUGUAUUACAGUAAAAACUCAUUGCAUUACAGUAACGAGAAUUAUCAUUUGAGAAUUAAAACUCAAUAGUAAAAUGUUGAGACAAAUUAAGGUAAUGGGAAUUCAUGCUGAUUUCAAAUAUACGGUAAUACAGUAAUUUUUACUGUAUUACAGUAAAAACUCAUUGCAUUACAGUAACGAGAAUUAUCAUUGAGAAUUAAAACUCAAUAGUAAAGUGUUGAGACACUUUAAGGUAAUGGCAAUUCAUGCUGAUUUCAAAAAUACGAUAAUACAGUAAUUUUUACUGUAUUACAGUAAAAACUCAUUGCAUUACAGUAACGAGAAUUAUCAUUGAGAAUUAAAACUCAAUAGUAAAAUGUUGAGACAAAUUAAGGUAAUGGCAAUUCAUGCUGAUUUCAAAUAUACGGUAAUACAGUAAUUUUUACUGUAUUACAGUAAAAACUCAUUGCAUUACAGUAACAAGAAUUACCAUUGAGAAUUAUACAAAAAGUAAAAUGUCGAUACACAUUAAGGUAAUGAGUUCAUGCUAUUUAAAAAAUACUGCAAUACAAUGAUUUUUUACCGUAAUACAGUAAAAAUAAUUAUUACAGUAAUGAGAAAAACCAUUGAGAAAUUAAAACUCAAAAGUAAAAUGUCACAUUAAGGUAAUGAGAAUUUAUGCUUAUUUUAAAAAUACUGUAAUACAUUUUACUUUUAUUGUCAUACAGUAAAAAUUAUUAUUAUUGAAAACUAAAAUUCAAAUGUAAAAUGUCAAGAAGCAUUAAGGUCAUGAGAAAUUGUGUUUUUGGUUUUGAAAUGUAAUCUGGACAUGUUUUAGUGAGAUUCAAACUUUGCAAAAAAAAAAAAAAAAAAAAAAGUGUUCUAGUUUUUGUGCGCUUUUAGUUUUCACAACAUAAUACCCGCUCGGACUGCAUGUGGACUUGUCCUUUCCAAAGUGUUUUUGUUUUUAGAAUAACAGGUUAAGAACAAACAUAUCACUAAACUCUCCUUCAACUUGAUGUGACUAACAAAUGGACAAUCUCUAAGCUUCAUUAACUAGAUUUUGGGGUCUCUAUGAUGUCAACAGUGCUCUACCCUUCCUACCAAUCACACUCUCCAUUAGUUUACAGUUCCUUCAUAUCUUUAACAUUGUCUCUUCACACCUCAGUUUUUUGUUUCAAUACACCAGUAUACCCUGGCUCACAAGACAAUCUACCAAUGGCUGCCACUUCGUCUUAGCCUUCCAGAAUUGCAGUAAACUAAGGAACAUACAUAAACACGCACACAAACAUUGCACUAUGACACAUGCCCACACCCUUAAAGGACAAAGGGAAACCUUAAAAGGGAGACUUCACCCAAAAAUGUAAAUUUUGUCAUACUUUACUUAACCCUCAUUUCAUUUCAAACCUGUAUGACACUUUAUUCUGUAGAACGCAAGAGAGCACUUUUUAAUGAAUAUCUUGGUACAAUGGCAGUAGAUAUUGAUUCACCUUCAAGUUUCAAAAAGGAUGCAAAAGUAUCAUAAAAGUAGUCCAUGCACUUUUUGUGUCAUAUUCCAAGUCUUCUGAAGCCAUACGAUUAACCCCAAAUUUAGGUCAGUUUUUGGUGCAAAACAGGUUUGUACAAGUUCUUGCAUGUAUAUGGCUGUGGAACGACGGGAUGAUGGGUAAAUUAUGACAGAAGUUUCAUUUUUGUCUGAACUAUCUCUUUAAACUCCUCUACCGAAUUUUGAUUUUAGAAUACGCACCCUAUUUAAGGUCAAAUAUAUUUAUAUUUUAAGACAAAACAAUAGAGAAGAACGUGUUUUGCUGUUCAAACAGCACAAGAACAGAUUCUUGAAACCACUGACCUCACUAAAUAACUGGACUGCCUGGCUGUCAAUCACAUGUCAGGGACUCUGAUUGGCUGAGAGAGUGGCCUGCCGCUCGUCCCUCAGUUGCUUGUCAAAAAACUGAUGUUAUUUUACCAUCCAAACACAUCAAAGUGCCUCAGUGUCCCCUUUACAUGCAAUUCAGGGUCUUCACUUCAUGUAUAAGCUACAAAAAAAAAUGUGUACAAUAUGUAUCAUGGGCUUAGCAAGAAACAACAUAUAAGCAACUGCAAACAUCAUAUUUAUAGAUAUAUGUUAGAUCAUAUCGUACUCACACUGUAUAUAUAUGGAUAUAUGUAUAGUUUUUCCGCUGUGAAAUUAGCUCUGUGGCAGUCUAGUUAUUUUUUGACCUUUCACCCGAGUCAGUGACGUCAUUGGAAAAUGUCCUGAAAUAGUAAACCUGAAAACAUACGGGUCUUUGCAGCCUUCGGUAUUGUUCAGGUCAGUGCAAAUAGAUCAAAAAUACACUUUCAUAUACAACGAAAACAAGAAUUCUUAAAGAAACAUUUUCUUUGUUAAAAAGUGUUAUUAUUGAGAGAAAAAAAAAAUGGAUAUAUGUGGACUGAGCCGUGUGCAAUGUGUUGGGUAGAUAUCUAUGUUUGUCUGAGAUUUUUAAGAAAGAGACACAAGUGGGGAAAAAAAAAGAAGAAAAAAGGUUGAAGUCUGCGAGCUCCUGGACUCUAAAUAUGAGGGCCACAAAAAGAAUCCCAGUCUUUGUAAGUGUUGGAAAAGUUCAUUUUUACAUUUAGUUGAUCUUUUUUUAUGUUUUAUUUGUAAUCUUUUGUUUUGAACCUAUUUUUGGGGUGGGGGCUGAAGGAACAAUUUUGCGAACUGUCAAAAAUGCGUAUUACGAAAAAACACUUCUGGUGCUUCUGUUACUCAUGCAAAUACCACACCAGAAUGACUUUCAUAAGGGACAAGUUUUACCAAACCUCUUUCUCAUUUCUUCUCUUUUGUAUUUACUGAGAGGGGGGGGUUCAAAUUUUUAUAUAUCGGUUCUGACAAAAGGCAUUUUACUACAACCUUUAAGAAAGCAAUGCCCCUUCUUAAGGCUGGGAUAUAUUUUGUUUUCCCACAACAUGGCUGUUUUUGAUUCCGAAAAUACCGAUUUAGAGGUUAGAUUUAUGGUAGAGGUUUCUCUCAAGCAAUCAAAUGUUCGCUCAAAUUGUCAAAUUCAUUUAGGUGAGGAUCGUUUGAAGUGUGUUAGUGUGAGUAGCGUUUCGUUAGACAUUCUCGUAGUUUAGAGCACAUGUGGUUUGAUGCGAGAGGAAGAAACACGUUGGAAAUCAAUGAGCCACGGCCCCCGUAUCGCCCUGGAAACACUUCCAAUAUGUAAAUGAGCUCCCAUAGUAUUCGUGCUGUAGUGUAAUAGGUGAGCAUUUAAAGGUUGUCCCAUUCAAAGUGCCUUUUGUUCACAGACACCAUCUUGUAAAUGAGAACACCCGUCUUCUUUCCUUCUACUUCUCUGCUUUCUAAAGUCGUAUACACAGUAUAUAGUACUACAAGAAAUGGACGUGAUUUUGUUCUUUUUAUUGUACAAUGAUGGGGAAAAAGUUGUUAAAAAGACAAAAAAUUGUUCUCUUUUUCUCUGUACCUGUCAGUUUCUCUUGCACUGGUCUGAAACCUAGUGAUCCGCCUAUGUAGGCAGCAUUUUAAGUCAUCAUAAAUUGUGCAGAGGCUGUUCCAAAAGGUAGGCAGUAUAAUUAUGCAACCUUCUAAGAAAACUACUUUUGGCCGAUUUGUAUGGUAGGAUCACAAAUCCAUUCAAGAUGGUGGACAAAGUGAGAAAAAUGUUGAUUAUACAGUAAAUGUAAUUCAUUCAUUACUGAAAAGUAAUGCUAAAAACAAUUGUCUUAAUUAAAAAUGGACUAGUUUACCCAAUAUUUGUGUGUGUUAUGGCUCUUUAUGCUUUUGAGAGUGUUGUGUCGUUAGCAUAGCAACAUUUGCGCAAUGGGUGCCAUUUGUAAGAUGCAAAAAGUUGACCAAAUCGGUCACUUACGAGGUUAUAUUUCAGCCUAUGAAGACAAGCUGCCUAUGUAGGCAGUAGACGCCAAGGCAGCUCACUAGGUUUUGGAGCAGAGUCUUUAUCUUCAUGGCACUGUAGAUGUCUCCCUAUCUUUCUCUUCUCUUCUCUUUCCUCCCUCUUCCUACUUUUGAAAGAGUUGAAAAAAAAAAUGUUGAACCUGUUUUUUUCUCAAGCAAGAUGUUGUAAACUCUAAUGUUAUAUCCCUGUCUGUAUGCUUCACAUGUUAAUAUCAUACCGCCUCUCUCUCUUCAGUCAAAUGUAGUGGGCUCUGAGUAGAAAACGCCCUGUUAAUGCUGAUCCAGGGCCAGCUUACGCUUCCUAAAACACAACUGAGAACAGCUGUAACGGCCACUUGAAGGGUCGGAUGUGUUGUGCCUUAGGAAGGGGUGCAGCCCUGGGUAAGAGGUUUUCUUUUGGCAUCAGGGGCUUGGCUGUAGGAGAAGAGCACUGGACCAGGUGACACAGAUCAGCUGUCUUGUUUGUCUUUUAUUUCAGUUUUGUUUUGGAGUCUCAAGGGAAACUCUCAGACUUUAUUAUAAAAGCAACUUUUUUUAGUGGUUUUUUUUAGACCAGCUGUUUAAUGAACUUGACUGAUUAUUUGAUAAAUGCACCUUAUACACAGAUUGAUUGGGCAAGAAACAAAAUGCAUUAAUAACAUGCCAUACUCCAAAUAUGCAUAAGUAUUAUUUUGAAGCUGACAGCAGCCUGCCUGCUAAUGGCUUGGAUAUGCAACAGAUAGGUUGCAUGUUGAAUACCAAGUAGACAGUGGCUCAAAUACUAUUGGGAAUUUAAAAUUGCAAUUAAUGUACCGUAGGAUACUUUGGAUAAAGAGUGUUAGCUAAAUAACUAAUCUAUCCAUCAUUGACAUACUAUUGAUAUUUUGAUAAAUUGCAGUAAAUCCAUUUAGUAUGUUUUCAUCUGUGUUGGGGAGCAACUCACUAAAAGUAGCAACACUACUGGCAUUUUAGUAGUGUGACAGUAGAUCAGUUGUUUUCAACAUUCAGGCCUAUUUUAUUUUCGCAACGCGCCAUCAGUAGCACUAGAGGGAAAUAUGUUCGUAGAUGGCGCUUGUUAGUAACUCAGCUGAUUGGGGUCGAUUUCAGGGUAAAUUAACUUUUGAAAGCAACUUGUCGAUUUCCUGUGUGAUCAUGUUGGAUUAAGUGUAAUGCUUUUAACCUAAUUUAAAUUGUUCAUCUGUUCAUUCAAAACCCCUCAUUGAUUUUUUGUGCCAGAAAAAUACUCUUUAUCAAAUUAUAUCAUCUGAUUAUUAUAUUUUUAAAAGGUAUUGCCCACUUAAGUAGCGUCAGUGUAGUUUUCGUCUACUUUUUGUUUGUGUUGCAAGCUACUUAAAAAAAAAAAUUAAAAAAAAGAUUUUCAAAUGGAUAGUGUUAGGAUUCCAGUUAGGUUUCUCUAAUAUACAGUAGAACCAUAAUCAGUAUUAUCAACGAUUCCUCCACCAGUAGCUGUUUGUGGUUGUUAACAGGUAGUGGCAGACUUCUAUUUAUUUACAAAAAUGUCUCAAAGAAUUGUGUCCGUCACCAGUCCAUACGGGAGGUGUCCCGAUCCAGUGCUCUCCAUCCCUGUGCGCCCUCAAAAGAGUCCUUGGCAGUCUGCAUGUGUUAUUUACAGAUUCUUUUCCAUUCUAAAAACUAAAAACUUUGUAAAGAGCAGCACUUGAUUGAAUAAAUUAUGUUCUUGACUGUACAAA